AUGCAUCUGUUGGGGUUCAGGGUGGUGUUGCUGCUGUGCUGGGCAGCAGUAUGUGUGUCUGGGAUGAGGAGAGAGUACUUCCUCAGGAUAGAGGAGGUGACUUGGAACUACGCCCCAACUGGGAUGAACAUCAUUCAGAACCGCACAGUGCAGGAAGAUGAAGAAGCCUCAGUCUUUUUAAAGAGGGGCCCCCAGCGUAUUGGCCCCACCUAUAAGAAGGCUGUGUACAAGCAGUACAGCGACGCCACCUUCAGGACAGAGGUGACGAAGCCAGAGUGGCUGGGCUACCUUGGACCCCUGGUGAUGGCCGAGCAGGGGGACACUGUGAUCAUCCACCUGAAGAACGCAGCGUCCAGACCUUACAGCAUCCACCCACAUGGACUCAACUACAGCAAGGGCAACGAGGGAGCCCUAUACCCAGAUGGAACCGGUCCAGCGCUGAAGCGAGACGACUCGGUGGCUCCUGGUGCUAUGGUGACAUAUGAGUGGACCCUCGCAGAGACCCACAGCCCAACAGCAGAGGACAACAAUUGCCUGACCAGAUUCUACCACUCCCACGUAGCAGCACCCAAAGACAUCAACUCAGGACUGAUAGGACCCCUCAUCAUCUGUAAGAGAGGAACUCUGGACGUACAUGGAGAUCGCUCAGGAGACUACCAGUAUGCUCUGCUGUUCAUGGUGAACGAUGAGAACUUCAGCUGGUACCUGGAUGAGAACAUCAGGACGUACAUCACGUAUCCUGCUAGUGGCCUGAAGGAGAACGAGGAUUUCAUUGAGAGCAACAAAAUGCACGGUAUAAAUGGUUUCCUGUACGGUAACCUGCCUGGACUGAGCAUGUGUCAAGGCAACAAGAUCCACUGGCAUAUGUUUGCCUUAGGCAAUGAGGUGGACAUGCAUUCAGUUCAUUUCCAUGGCCAGAUCCUGACCGUACAGAACCACCAUACAGACACGGUCAGUCUUUUCCCCGCCUCCAGCUUCACAGCUGAAAUGGUGGCAGACAACCCUGGACACUGGCUGCUGACGUGCACCGUCAAUGACCAUUUAAUGGCUGGAAUGCAGGCUAUAUUUGAGAUCAAGAAGUGUUUCCCCAAUGUCCAUAAACCUCGACCACACGGUGAGCUCAGACAGUUCUUCAUCGCUGCUGAAGAAGAUGUGUGGGACUACGCUCCUACUCUGCCUACUGAUGGUGAAGCAGACAAGUUUGUAACCAGAGGUCGCAACCGUAUUGGAAGCCGUUACAAGAAGGCUCGCUAUGUGGAAUACACUGACGCCACCUUCACCACAAAGAUGCUGCGUGCCCCAGAGGAGCAACACCUUGGAAUUCUGGGUCCUGUGCUGCGAGCUGAAGAAAAGGAUACCAUCAAGGUGGUGUUCAAGAACAAAGCCAGCCGUGCUUACAGUAUACAACCACAUGGUGUUCAGUACAGUGUGGAACAGGAUGGGACGCUCUAUUACAAUGAACUGGAAGAGUCCUACACAGCAAAGAAGCUGCGGGAGUUAAACAGACAACCAAGAGUGGUGACCCCUCCCCCAGCUGCUCUGGUCAGACCUGGGAUGGUGCACACCUAUGAGUGGAUGGUGCCAGUGGGUGCUGGUCCUGUACAGGGGGAGGCUGACUGUCUGACCUAUCUGUACUACUCUGGAGUCGACCCUGUCAAAGACACUAACUCGGGACUGGUUGGACCACUUCUCAUCUGUCAGGCUGGGUCUCUGAAGAGAGGAGCACAGAAAAACUAUAACAAAGAGUUCCACCUCAUGGCCACAGUCUUUGAUGAGAACCUGAGCUGGUAUUUGGAUGAAAACAUUAGGACCUUCACCACUGCUCCCACCACUGUUAACAAGGAGGAUGAGGGCUUUAUGGAAAGCAACAAGAUGCACGCCAUCAAUGGGUAUGUGUAUAGGAACCUCCCAGGCCUGACCAUGUGUAAGGGGGAUGCAGUAACGUGGCACCUGUCAGGAUUGGGUACAGAGACGGACAUCAACAGCAUUUACUUCCAGGGAAACCGCUUCAUAUACCGGCAGAACAGACGGGACUCCAUCAGCGUCUUCCCCCACAUCUCACACACGGUCACUAUGGAACCAGACAGCAUGGGUCAAUUUGAAGUGGUGUCACCAACAGUGAACAAUUAUCGUGGAGGAAUGAGAGCUAACUACACAGUACAGAAGUGUAGCCUCCUUCAGCGUCAGGGUGAGAUUAUGCUCCAUUCAAAAACCUAUUACAUCGCUGCCAUGGAAAUAGACUGGGACUACUCUCCAAACCGCACCUGGGAGGCUGAGAUGUUCCGUGGUAUGGAGAAUCCUGCUCCUGUCUUCCUGGAUAAGGCAGGUGGGUUUAUAGGCUCCCGUUACAAGAAGGUGGUCUACCGCCAGUUCACCAAUGACAAGUUCACCAAACAGGUGGAAAGAACAGCCGACAUGGAACACCUUGGCAUUAUGGGUCCAAUAAUUCAUGCUGAUGUGGGAGACAAAGUGAAGGUGGUUUUUAAAAACAUGGCAUCCAGGAGUUAUUCUAUCCACGCUCAUGGCGUCAAGACAGAGACGCCUGAUGUUCACCCCACUGGACCAGGUGAGACUCACACCUACUACUGGUACGUUACAAAGAAAACAGGACCGACCACAGAGCAAGAGGAGUGCUCUGUGUCAGCAUACUACUCCACUGUGGAUGUUACCAAGGACCUGUACAGUGGUCUGAUUGGUCCGUUGGUGAUCUGUCGCCGUAGCUGGGGCAGGACUUUUGGUAUAAAGAAGGAAGUCGAAGAGUUUGCACUGCUUUUCUUGGUCUUUGAUGAGAAUGAGAGCUGGUAUCUGGAUGAAAAUAUCAGGACCCACAUCAGGAGCCCUCGCACAAACUUAAAAGAUGACGAAACCUUCAUAGAGAGCAACAAGAUGCACAGCAUUAAUGGAUUGAUGUAUGGAAAUGUGAAUGGUUUGAACAUGGAGGUGGGUGACAAGGUGUACUGGUACCUGAUGGCAAUGGGCAAUGAUGUGGACAUACACACUGUGCACUGGCAUGGACACAGUGUGGAAUAUAAGCUGGGUGGAGGUCCUCAUCGCACUGACACGUAUGAGCUGUUUCCAGCCACCUUCCAGACAGUAAAGAUGCGUCCUCAGUACCCUGGUAAAUGGCUGCUCCACUGUCAUGUCACCGACCACAUUAAAGCCGGCAUGGAGGCGAUGUAUACUGUCACAGAGAAAGCAAGGAGAGGAGUCUUUGGCUGAAGAGUUGAGGAAGAAGAGACUGGAUGAAAAUUAAUUUCAGUUCCCAAAUUCAUUAAACUCAUUUGCUUUGCAGAGCUGGCAUGAUUACAGCUCAGAAUUAAACAUGUGAACCCAAGAAUCCUUUUACAUUGAAAUGUGCAUUUUUAUGAUUGUGGUACAGCUUGGAUAUUUUCAUAGUGAAAGGUAAUAUUACUGUAAAAAAUAAAGAAGUAUGAAAACCUGAAA